GUGGUACGAACUGAGGCCUUCUUGGUGAAUCCACUUACCUGUUUCCUUCUACAACGCGCCCUCUGCUGUCCCACUCUGAUUGGAGUGCGGUUGUGUUGGCAUCUGCGCUCUCAACUAGACAAUCCGGAUGCCCGCCUUCGUUUCAGUCUCAUUCUCGACGCCCUCUGUCGUGGCUUUGGCCCCCAGCUGCUGCUUUUUGUUCAUGGCCAGGUCAACGCACUUAACAGACUUACUGACAUUGCCAUCUCUGUCAAGGUGAAGUCACCGUUUCCUAUGCAGCGUCUGAAUGGCUCCUGA